AUGCUAGACCAUUUGAAUGAACAGAGGAGUAGGAGGGUUGGGACCUUCCUGGUCAUUGAGUGUGAAGGUGCCAAGAGGGAUUUGGGGAAUAACCUCAUUGAAACAUCAGAGGAUUCGUGUGUCUUCCUUCUUCAUGCAUCUUCAGAAAAUAUCAGCCUUUAUAAAUUUCCUGGAAUUUUUGUUUUCAACAGUGCUGUUCUGUGGAAAGAAGAGUCCGUAGAAGACCUUCAGAAAUCAGGCAUCUUCCAGCAGCCUAAUCCCACAGAGUACAACAUCAGGUAUUGUGCAGAACUAAAGAAAGGCACAGCCCAAGAGACCGGUCUGCAGGCAAGGGGGACGGUGGCUUGCCGGGGUCCCACCUUUCCCCCGAGAUACGGGUCUGGGAGCAGGUGGGCGCCCACGCAGCCGGGUGACGCUGGGCUCGGCAACCAGUCGCGUCCCUAUUGCAGUGGCCUUUUACAGGUAGAGAAGGAGUUUCUAGGCAGCCCAAGGGGUGUUGGGAAGGCGCUCAGCAAGCCUGUGGCCAGCAUCUUCGUUCAUCUUGGAUUCUUGCUUGAUUCCUUGCGAAACCCCAUGUUACAGCCUCAGCAUCCUCUGCAGUCAUACGCAGCAUUGCAAGUGGUGGCGGUUGCAUUGCGGAGCCAGCCGGCGCCAAAUCUUAAAGGCAGACCGCGCAAAAAGAAGCCUUGCCCACAGAGAAGAGAUUCAUUAAAUGGCAUUAAGGAUUCCAACAAUAAUUCUGAAAGCAAAGCUGUUGCCAAGGUAAAAUGUGAGGCUAAGUCAGCUUUGCCCAAACCCAAGAGUAACAACAGCAACUGUAAAAAAGGCUCAAGUGAGGAUAAAUCAAAGAUUGCCGUAGGUGAAGAAUGCAGAGCUGAUGAGCAGGCUUUCCUUGUGGCUCUUUAUAAAUAUAUGAAAGAAAGGAAAACACCAAUUGAACGAAUACCCUAUUUAGGUUUUAAGCAGAUUAACCUUUGGACUAUGUUUCAAGCUGCUCAAAAACUGGGAGGAUAUGAAACA